AUGCACGAUCCAAGAAUCAAGGAGGGACAAAAAAAUUUCUGGUCGGCACUCUAUAUGGCUUUGUGACCAUGUUUCGAGCACUAAGCAAUCUCGCUUCAGCCACCUUCACGUUAACUUUUUAUCCUAUGCCUGGAAAAUUAUUCAUAAGACAGUAAGAUUUUAAGCACUCAACACCGUAAUGGAUGAGUCUCAGUGCAAUCAGAUCAUUAUUCUGAGGUCACAUUCAAAGACCACGUAAAAAAUGAAGCUGUUUAAGAUAUAGAAACUACUUCGUUAUCAUCAAUAUCUUAUGUGUACUACGACUAAUACUCAGUACAAGUGGCGUUGAAGUAUCAUCCUUGACGAUGUUUUGUUGUUGAGACGGUAAGAAAAAGAAAAUCAACAAAACGAAUGAGUCUCGAGGGCGAGUGAAAUUAGCACCUUCAAUCAGUCUCAGUGCAAUCACAUUCACAUUAUUCAUUUGAAAUGAUCAAGAAAUUUCCUGUUUUCAUUUUAGUGCAGAGUGUCGCGUUGUUGUCGCCCUUUGGUGUGGCACUAGCGGCAUUUUUGAUAUUGGGAGAACGCAAACGGCCACGUGGGUUUUGGCCGGCUUGUCUCAUUUGCGUGCUUAGCAGUCUUUGCGUCCUGACCGGGAAGCAGCUUGCGUUCGCGCAACAUGAGCCAAAUCUUCCACCUGGAGGUGCGGAUCAUAACACUUGGCAACGUUUGUUAGCAGUGGAGGAGCAAAAACAUCUUCUUCACGAGGAUAAUUCAAAAAAAACUACCCUCGUAGAAGGAGUCUUCCAAAAUACUUUCCAACGUUUGCUAGGAGUAGGCGAUCAAGUAAACCCAGAUCCCUACACUUGGCAACGCUUCGUGGGAGUAGAAGACCAAGGCACAGAUCGGGACGAUAUUAUCGUAUCGACCUUGCAACGCUUCUUAGGAACAGGAGAACAAGUACAAGACCCAGGAAUCAAGACUGCAUCAGCACUUGUGACAAGAACACAGCGGAACCCGAUCGCACUUCUCAAUAUUGCGAUCGGCGUGGCGUUGCAGUGCGUGACGAUUGUACUGAUUUCGGUUACAAGAGUGGCCAUGAAGCAGACUUAUGAUUUCUUGCGGAAAUCGAUCAUCUGCUCGAGAAGUAUCUUCACUUUAUUUGAUGAAGAUUCAGGUUCUACUAAAGGGGAAAGGAAGGGCUUUGGCUUUCGGAUGUUUUUUGUUUAG